GACGUUCCAAAGUGUUUUAACUCAGAAAACAAAAACAAAUCCUUCCAAAAUGUUCAAAUACGUUAUCGUCGUCCUGGCCCUGAUUGCCGCCGUCCUUGCCGUGCCAAAGCCCCAGACCUUCUUCUAUCCAGGAGUGUCGACCUACAGCAGCAACUACGUCCAGCCUGCUGUCUACUCCUCAUCUGGAUAUGUGCCCAGUGCCUACUCUUCCGGCUAUGUUGCUCCUGCUGCUGCCAGCUACUCGACCUACGGCGCUUAUCCCACCGCCUACUCUUAUCUGUAGACGAAUUUAGAAUUUGAAACUCAACAAAGCGAUGGAAAAAAAACUCUCUGCUGGUACAAGAAGCUUAAUUUCGGAUUCGGAAACUAGGACUGCACUUAAAAAAAAAAGACAAAUAAAUAAAUAUAAAA